GCGCCGCGACGCCGGUGCCUUCACUUAGUGGAAAGCAGCAUGUGGUGGUGGCUGCUGCUAGUGGCGCUGGCGACGGCCAAGCGCGCCCCUCAGACCCAGGAGCCCGUCAUCGAGGAGGUCACGGCCAAGCAGCUGGAGCGUGUCCUCGCCGACAAGGACUAUGUGGCUGUGUUCUGGUAUGCUCGGAGCUGCACCACGUGCGACAAGGUGCUGCAAGAGUUGGAACAGAUCGACGACGAUACCGACUCCUUCGGAGUGGAUUUCGUCAAGAUUAACGACAAACGACUGGCCAAACAAUAUGGCAUCACAAAAUUCCCAGCACUUACAUACUUCAGGGAGAAGCAACCGAUCAUCUACGAAGGAGACCUGAUGGAUGAAGAGAAUGUGUUGGACUUCUUAACAAGCUUAGAGGCCAUGGAUCUGCCCGACCGCAUAGAAGAAGUGAACGCCAGGAUCCUGGACAAGAUCGUCCAGGAAACAGACUUUGUCGCCGUGCUAUUCUACAAACCCGAUUGCAAGAAAUGUUCGAAGGUCUUACUGGAAUUGGAAAACAUCGACGAUGAGGCUGAUCAGUUAGGUAUCGGCUUCGUCAAGAUAAAUGAUGAGAAUUUGGCUGAGGAAUACAAUUUGGGAAGUCUACCCGCUCUGGUCUACUACAGACAUCAGAUCCCGAUUAUUUAUGAAGGAGAACUUACCAAGGAAGAAGAUGUUUUGGAAUGGCUGGUUCAGCACAAGAGUACAGGGGAUGAAGACGACGUCAUCGAAGACGUAACUUUAAAAACACUCACGACACUUAUUAGCAGCGUCGACCACCUAGCUGUAUUAUUUUAUGACCAUGGAGAAGAGGAAUCCAUGCAGGCUCUGGAGGAACUGGAACACAUCGACGAUGACUGCGACAAGUAUGGCAUCCAAUUCGUAAAGAUCGACGACCCCAACGCGGCCGAAGAGUACGGCCUGGACACUCUACCUUCGGUGGUGUACUUCGAGAAAGGCAUUCCAAACGUGUACGAUGGGGACCUGGAGGAGGAGCAGGAGUUCCUCGAGUGGUUGAUUGAACAAUUGGAGAAGGAUGAAAUCGAGGAUGUAACCGAUGAAAUGCUGGACAAACUUAUCGCCGAGGGGAAGAACCUAGCUGUUUUGUUCUAUGACGAUGACGACAGAAAGAGCCAAAAAGUCCUCAACGAAUUAGAAAACAUCGACGACGAAUGCGACAAGCUCGGUAUCGUUUUCGUGAAGAUUGAUAACGAUGACGAAGCUAAAGAAUACGGCAUCGAGAAGAUUCCCUCCCUAGUUUACUUCGAAAAUGGCAUCCCCACGUUGUAUGAAGGUAAUCUGGAAGACGAAGACAAAGUCCUCAAAUGGUUUGAGCACCAAAUCAAAAGCGACGAAAUCGAGGACGUCACAGAUGAGAUGCUGGACAUCAUUCUCAACAAGAGGCAGUUCGUCGCUGUUCUUUUCUAUGACAGAGACCAAAAGAAGAGUCAAAAGGUUCUGGUGGAACUGGAAAACAUCGAUGACGAAUGUGACCAGAACAACAUCGUGUUUGUGAAGAUCGAUAAUGAUGAAGAAGCUAAAGAAUAUGGAAUAGACGUCAUACCAAGUCUUGUAUUUUUCGAGAAGAAGAUCCCCCAUUUGUACGAAGGUGAUUUAAUGAAAGAAGAAGAACUCUUAGGGUGGCUGUUGCACCAAAAAAGGCAUAGCGAAAUCCCAGACAUCACAGAUGAAAUGAUGGAUCUACUAAUAGACUCGCAACAGUAUUUGGCUGUGCUGUUCUAUGACAAGGAUGACAAACAGGACAUCAGAGUUCUGAACGAACUUGAAAAUAUCGAUGAUGACUUGGAAAAAGAAGGCAUCGUUAUUGUCAGGAUUGACAAUGAUGCCGAAGCGAAAGAAUAUGGUAUUGACCACCUGCCAACCCUGGUGUAUUUCGAGGACAAAAUACCCUCCAUUUAUGAAGGCGAUCUGAUGAAUGAAGACGAAGUUUUAAAAUGGUUGAUUGAACAAAAGGAGACAGCAACUAUUGAAGAAGUAACCGAUGAGAUCCUUGACGAUCUCAUACAAGAACAUGAGUAUGUUGUCGUUUAUUUCAGUGGCAAUUGCGAGGAAGGAGAAAAAUGCGACAAAAUCCUUGACGAACUGGAAAAUAUAGAUGAUGAACUGGAUGAAAGCGGUAUAAUCUUUGUUACAACAGAGGAUUUAGUUAUGGCUAAGAAAUACGGAAUCAAAAGCUUUCCGAAAUUAGUAUUCUUCAGGAAUAAAGAACCUUUAGUAUACACUGGAGACAUCGAAGAUGAAGAUGAAGUACUCGCUUGGCUUACGGAUGAAAAUACUUUAGAAAUUCCCGACCGCAUAGAAGAGGUGAACACCAAGAUGUUGGACAAAAUCCUAAGCGAAAAUGAACACGUAGUUGUCUAUUUUUACAAAGAAGGAGACAAAAGGUCACAAAAGAUCCUGCUAGAACUUGAAAACAUUGACGACGAAUGUGAAGAUAAAGAUAUAGAUUUUGUCAAAAUUUCCGACGAAGGUAUCCAAAAGGAAUACGACCUUCCUUCUUUGCCAACCGUGGCGUUUUACAGAAACAGAUUCAGGGAGAUUUAUACUGGAGAUAUGAUGCACGAAGAGGCGAUCUUGGAUUGGAUUUUACAGUUACGCGAUUCUGAUCCCGAUGUAAUUGAAAGCGUUGAUAGAAAGACUUUACAGGUUCUCAUAAACGAUGUGGACCAUUUAGCGGUACUUUUCUAUACCGACAACUGUGAAGAAUGCGAUGAAAUCCUGGAGGAACUCGAGACCAUCGACGACGACACAGACAAACACGGUAUCCAAUUUGUCAAGUCCAAAGACGCCAAACUGGCCUCCGAAAUCGGGAUCUUCAGCUUCCCGGCUCUGGUGUAUUACGAAACCGGUGUUCCUAUCAUGUAUGAUGGUAACCUUCUCGAUGAGGGCGAGGUUUUGGACUGGAUGACAGACCAGAAAAAUGACCAAAGCAUAGAAGAAAUAAACAGGGAGAAGCUGUUCAACUACAUUGACACCAAGGAAUUUCUGGCGGUGGUGUUUUAUAAAGAAGAGGAUCCUGACAGUCCCCGGAUUCUGCGACAUAUAGAACUAAUCGACGAUGAGGCAGCAGAAUACGGAAUAAAGAUCGUGAAAAUGAAAGACAGACUGAUGGCGAAGAAGUACGGUUGGAGGGAUCCACCUGGAAUUACUUAUUUCCGGAAAGGUAAACCCAUUAACUACGAUGGAGACAUAGACGAUGAAGAAGAGGUCCUGGAUUGGUUGACAGAUCCGGAAAAUAUGGAACUAACCGAUCACAUAGAGAGGGUUAACAGAAAAAUGUUUGAGAAGAUCAGGCAGAGGUCUGACUACGUGGCAGUGUUUUUAUACAGCAGCGACUGCAAACAAUGCCCUAGGGUCCUUUCCGAGGUGGAGCACAUCGACGACGAGGCCGAUUCCGCUGGAAUCAACUUUGUCAAGAUCGACGACAAGCAGAUGGCUAAAGAGCUGGGGGUAUUCGCCCUUCCCGCCAUUCUGUUCUUCAAGUCUGGCUCGAAAGAGCCGGUGAUAUAUGCUGGAGAUCUUUACGACGAGCAACAAAUCCUUUCGUGGCUACUGACCCAAAAGGAUCCCUCUGGGGAUAUCAUCGAAGCGACUGAAGGGAGUGAAUUGAUCACGUUGAUUGAUACCGAAGAAGCUUUGGCUGUGUACUUCUGGAACAAGACCCUGUGCGACUUGUGCAGUGAGAUGGAGCAGCAGCGGCCGAGAAAGAUCCAGAAGAAGAGUUCGGAGGAAGAGGGCGAUAGUAGAGAUAACGACAGUGACGAGUGCGAGCAAUGCAACCAAAUCCUAGAAGAACUAGAGAACAUAGACGAUGACUGCGAGCGCCAUGGCAUCAAAUUCGUUAAGACUCAAGACUUGAGAAUCGCCGAACAGUACGGCGCUACUGACUUUCCGGUGCUCAUGUACUUCGAAACGGGCGUAGGAGGAGUCUUUGAAGGAGACAUAGAAGAGGAGGAAGAAGUGCUUCAAUGGCUGAUAACACAGCGAACGGAAGACAGGAUCGAACUAAUAACCAGGGUGAUGCUGGAAAAUUUAGUCGAAGACACCCAAUACCUAGCGGUGUACUUUUACAAACAGAACUGCCACAUCUGUGAACAGAUUCUGGAAGAAUUGGAGAAGAUUGAUGACGAAUGUGACGUGUACGGUAUUCAUUUAGUGAGGAUACAGGACCCGCAAUUAGCUAAGAGAUAUAGCAUCAAGACAUUCCCUGCCCUGGUAUACUUUAGAAACGGCAACCCUCUGCUUUUUGAAGGGGACUUGCAGAAUGAACAGUCGGUUUUAGAAUGGCUGGUAGAUGAUGACAACAGGGAGCUGGCUGAUGAAAUAGAAUCCGUCAAUGAAAGGAUGCUCAUCAGACUUUUGCAAGAAUCUCCAUUCCUAGCAGUUUUCUUCUACGAGGAAGACUGUCCCGAAUGCGAAGAGAUUCUGGAGAACUUGGAGGAAAUAGACGGAGAAGCCGACUUAUUCGGCAUCGACUUCGUGAAGAUAUGCAGCGCUGAGGCAGCCGCAGAACAAGGGCUACACACCUUACCGGCCUUGAUGUAUUUCCGAAAAAAGAAGCCCAUGGUGUACGAUGGCGAUCUAACACAAGCUGACAGAGUUCUGGACUGGCUCACGUCGCAAGACGUCUUCGAAAUCAAGAAUGAAAUUGAGGAAGUCAACAAAAAGAUGUUGGAGAAAUUGUUGGAGGAGAACGAAUACGUCACUGUGUUUUUCUAUGAAGUCAAUUCCGAAGAAAGCAAGGUCAUCAUGGAAAAAUUAGAGAACAUCGACAGCGAGACCGACAACUUUGACAUCACCUUCGUGAAGAUGGCCGACCCCAGAUACGCGAGGAAAUGGGGAGUGACCAACCUCCCCGCGAUAGUCUACUUCAGGCGCCGUUUCCCCAGCAUCUACAGGGGAGACCUACAUUCCGAAAUCGAUGUCUUGGAGUGGCUGAGGAAGAACCGAUUCCGACAGCCUGAACUCAACCUGUUCAUGUACGCUCUUCUCGCCAUCAUCAUCGCCUUCCUCAUCUACACUGCUUUCCUCCUCCAGUGUUUCAAGACCACACCGACGACCGUCGUGGCACAUCCCAAGCAGUCCUAAUUCCGACGGAAUGGACUUUAAAUAUUGGUUCCGAGAAAUGAGAUAUGUGUGUGAGUGAGAGCAAGUGCUGUACGGCUGGUAAUGGAAGGGUGGAUGAUGAUUUUAUAAAAGAAGAGCUCAACCGUCGGUGUCACUUCACAAAUGUGCAAGAUGUUUUGAGAAUCGAUCCAAAGUGUCGUCGGAAGUUCAGAAGUUAUUUUAUUCCUUUCAAAUUGUCAGUACAUCGAAACAUCUCGCACAUUUUGCUUGUACUGGUGAUUUUCCAAUGCCAAUGUGUUGCCAAGAUCAGAAGUGCGGCGGCUUAUUUUAAGUAAUUCGUUUUUCUUUAACUUUUUUAAGUAAAAAGCAAAAAUUUUCCUUAGACCUUCAUUGAAUUAAUAUGAUUCACUAUCCUGGACCAAGAAUUAUCAUCAGCAUAAAACUAGUGUUCAUCUGUAAUAUAUAAAAAUGUACUUAAGGCGUACGAUCAUUCCCGAGCGAUUUGUGAACCGGAGAAAAUGGAUUUGAAUUAUGUUUUACCUAACAUAAUUUUAAAAGAGAAGAAUGUAAAUACUCUUGUAAAUAAAAUAUUAAGUCU